UGUAAAUGUACGCUGCGUAACACCUAGAUAGUCGUUGUAUCUAUAUACCCCAUCCUUUUUAUCAUCAUGCCUACCUUUGCCAUCCAACAACAUUGAUAAUCUCCAAAGAUAUUCCAAAUUAUGGGAUAGGUCUGUUACCGAGAAAUACUGAAUGUCCAUUGAGCGAUCGGAAGUCAGCUAUCGGCUAUAUAUCACGCAUACCUCAACGGAAUUGAUCAGGUGAGCUUUUUACCUUGGAUUUCCAUGUUUCUAGACCACCUCUUAUGGCUGAAGUCAACCCCCCCUGUCCGGAGUACUUGCUGAUAAUUCAAUACCGAGGACAUGUCCCUCAUUUUUUUGACAUUCUUUUCCCAGUCCUGUCAAAAACACAUGGAAUCCGAUAUGAUCAAAUGUUACCUCCCAUAGAAAUAAAUGGGUGAAGUACGACUGAAAUUACAUCAACUCAUCAUACGCACACUUGUAUCUACAAGUGUUUUCUAACAUACACGAAUGAUAGUCUACAUAGAGUGCGCUCCAUUACAGGCAACUAACUGACUGAGGGUACCUUCGCCAAGUACGUUUACUUGUAAUCAACAAUCAAGAUGCUUUUUCGACGCUCAGUUUUUUGACCGCUCUGCAAUUGAUCCUUCUUGCUAUUCGCCUGUCUUUCUCAUUGCAAUACCACAGCUACUUUAUUACAUAGCUGAGGGACACAGUGACACCUUACCGAAACAGUGGAAUUAAAUCAGAAAUAAUGACAUUUGGAAAGACGGUAAACGAACUAACGUAAACAUUGCAUCCGAUCGUAAGAUGUGGUAUAUAUGUCCUCCUCGGCAGACGAGAUCCGCAUUCUUCCCGCUCACAUCACAAAAGUGAAUCAGAAGCACAAUCGUACAUCAUAUCCCGUCCAAGCUGUAGAUUCAAUGGGGCUCACUCAUUUCUUCUCUUGGUUUCCGUAGCUUGCUAUACUUCUCCGUCUUUGACAUGGUGUUCAGCUCCUGAUUCCGGAAUGCGUUAUCAACCGCUAGUUAUUCGUGAAGGAGGCAGAAUGCUACGAAGAUUGGCAAGAUUGCUCAAUCCA